AUGGCGAAUUAUCAACACGAUCCCCCUCAACAAGUUCCUUUGAUCUCCCAACAAACAGAAACACUAAUAAUUCCUACUUUAUCUUACCAACAACAUUCCACAACAGCAGCUUCUUUUUUAAAUUUCCAACAAAAUCAACACGAUUUGAUUCAAGGAAAUACAUUUUCGCUCAAUUCCAAUCAAACAUCGAAGUCACUGGAUUUUAAGGAGAUGCUGUUUAAAGGGGAUAAUAAUUUGUAUAGAAAUGA